AUGGAAUGCAAGCAACGACCCCAAGAUAUCAUGGCGGAAAUCCUCUUGAAACUCCCUGUGAAAGAUCUGAUGCGCUGCAAAGUUGUGAACAAAUGCACCUAUGCUCUAAUCACCAGCCAUAGUUUCAUCAACAAACACUUUCAGUUCUCACAAAGCCAACCAGGUAUGCUGGCCUUUCAUAGCGAAACAUUAAAAGGUUUUUUUGCAACAUUGCUUUCUGAUGACCUCUUAGAGUCUGUAAUUGAUCUGGACCUUCUGCGGCUCUCGAACAAAAUCCUGGGUGAAAUCAUACCUUAUGGUCCUUCCAAUGGUAUUUCCUGUCUUCAUCAUACUUACUUUGACUGCACAGAUGAGUUAUGCUUGUGGAAUCCAGCAACGAGGGAGGUCAAGGUCCUUCCUUCACCUCACCAUCAAGUUUCCGAGAAAGAUGACCUUGUCAUACUUGGCUUUGGUAUUGUUCCUGGGACAAAUGACUAUAAGGUUGUUAGAAUUUUGACUACGAUGGACUUUGACAUGGAAGACUGCAAGCCCUUUAAAGCUGAGGUGUAUAAUCUUAGUACCAAUUCAUGGGGAAUGAUCAAUGUUACUGAGUCUGUUUAUAGUUUAAUUUCUCCAGAAUUUUGCUCCUAUCUAAAAGGGGUUUAUCAUUGGUUGACCCUUGGUCUCUUUGAUGAAGCCAUUAUUUGCUUUGACAUGAGUGACGAUGCAUUUUGGAAAAUGAAGUUGCCAAAAGAUGAUACUGAUAAUUCAGCUCAUCAACUUAUUGAGUGUAAUGUUGCUGUCAUCAAUGACUCUAUUGCUUAUGUUAAGGAAUAUAAUUUGAAUUACGCAAUGGAUAUUCAGAUUGAGAUUUGGGUUAUGGGCGAGUAUGGGGUUGAAGCCUCUUGGAAUAAAAGAUAUGUAAUUGGACCAUGUGUUGGAGAUUGGAUGUUCUUGGGAUUUUGGAAAGAAGAUGAGAUUCUUGUGGGAGAGGAUGAUCAACCUUUGAUUUCAUAA